ACGUGCGUUGUCACGGACGAUGCGACCCUGCAGAUUGUCAGUUGGGCUGAUCUCAGAUACCAACAGCUGCAGUCCAUGUCGAGUCCAAGUCUUUGGAAUGGUUGAGAUGCCGCCAUGCCGGCGUUGUCGUCGUCAGCCGAAGCUUUGUUUCAGUCCUUCUCUUUGUCACCAUUUACAGUGUUUCUAGGUCAUGUGUAGAUGGCAAAGAUUACUUGAUAUAGCCAAUACAUGUGGCCAUGGACAAGGCAUCAGCAAGGGCUUGCAUAUCCAGCUGUCAGUCCAUCUGUCAGGC